GAUGAAACAAAAUAUUGCUGMUGAAAAGAAAAUAAUGAAAGAAAUAACCAAUAGACAAGAAGCAGAUCGCAAAGCAUUUGACACUCAAAGAAAAAAAGAUUAUAAAACUAAUAAAGAGCGAUGGAAACGUGAGUUAUUAUUGGAUGAAUCCACUCCUAAGCGACAAAAAGAUGCUGCUUUACAAUCUCAAAAAGAAAACCUUAAACAAAUGGAAGCUCAAGAAGAACAUAGACUUAUUCGAGGUCAAAAAGACUAUUUGGAACUUGAAAUUAGGAAAUUUCGUAGAAAAAGGCUAAAUCAAUAUCAUUUGUAUGAACAAGGAUUAUUAAGAGAAGAACUUGGAAAAAGACAACAACAGUUAGAAACUGCUCAUUCUAUGUUAUUAAGACAUCAUGAAGAUACUAGAAACCUUGAAACAAGACAACAAAGAGCUGUUCAUGCUUUACGCGCUGAUCAAGUAACUAGACAACAUGAAACUGAAUUACAGCACCAACAUGAUUAUUGUGCUCGUGCCCAUCGUGAUUUACGGAAGAGACAUGCAAUGCAGCUACGACAACAACCUAAAAGUCUCAAACAUAAAGAAAUGCAAAUUAGAAAACAAUUUAGAGAAACAUGUAAAACUCAAACACGACAGUACAAA